CAAUACAAAGAAUGGUAGUAAAGUUAUUGAUUUAUCUACUUUCUAUAUGGCUAUUCACACCUCAUUGUCAAGGCAGACAUAAAUCAUGGGAAGAUGAGUAUCCGUUCAUCAAACCAGCAAGCUCUUUCUUGGACGGUGACCAUGACUACGACUACAUCAUUGUUGGUGGUGGCGCUGCAGGUUGCCCUUUAGCAGCCACUCUUUCUCACAACUUUCGAGUUUUGUUGCUAGAAAGAGGAGAUGUUCCAUUUGAUAACGUUAACAUCUCACAUUUCGACAACGUGAUCUAUAACUUGAUGGACACGUCACCUAAAUCCGCAUCUCAAGCUUUUGUUUCAACCGAUGGUGUUCCAAACAAUAGGGCUAGGGUCUUAGGUGGGGGAACAUGCAUCAAUGGUGGUUUCUAUAGUAGAGCAAGCACAAGGUAUUUUCAUCAUGUAAUGUAUAUUGAGGAAGCAGGUUGGGAUGUUGAACUUGCACACAAUUCAUAUACAUGGAUUGAAAGACAAAUUGUCCAUCAACCAAAAAUCAAACUAUUUCAAAGGACCUUUCUAAAUGGGCUUCUUGAAGCUGGGGUCUUGUCAUUCAAUGGAUUCACCUAUGAUCAUCAUUAUGGAACCAAAAUUACUGGAACAAUUUUCGAUAAGUACAAUCGUCGUCACACUGCCGCGACAUUGCUUGCUUCUGGGAAAUUCGAAAACCUUGAGGUUCUAGUCCACGCCACCGUUCAAAAACUUCUAUUUACUAAAAUUGUUUUACAAAUACCCAAUUUAGGGAAAAGAUUACUUGUAACUGGAGUAGAGUUUGAAGAUGAAAAUCAAAUUCGACAUCAAGCAUUCUUGUCCAAUGACAAAGGAAUGAAGAGUGAAAUAAUAUUGUCAAGUGGGACAAUUGGUAGCCCUCAAAUAUUACUUCUAAGUGGUAUUGGACCUAGAGAUGACCUUUUAAAAUUAAACAUAUCAAUGGUCCUAGAAAAUGGGUUUGUUGGGAAAAGCAUGUUUGAUUGCUCAACCAACUAUGCCUUGGUUCAAAUUGAAGGAAACGUUGACAUAUCGCCACCCCAAGUUGUUGGAAUUGCAAAGGAAGGUGUGUUUAUAGAAGCUUUUGGUGGACUCAAUUUCCCAGCGAAAGUCAUUCAGUUUGGUCAAGAACACGAUUCAACUAAGAAAACAUUACAAGCAAUGCAUGUCAAUAGUGGACUAAAUGAAAUAUCUUUUAAGAAAGAAUUGGGGGGAGGUUAUCUUUUAUCAAAAAUUUCCAAACCCAUCUCAAGGGGGCAAAUGAGCUUGAUCAGCAAAAGUGUAUAUGACCAACCCUUGGUUACCUUCAAUUACUAUAGAAGCCAUAAUGACUUGUCAAUAUGUGUGAGCGGUUUACAAUUGUUGAGAAAGAUUGUGAGAACAGAUUCCUUCAAAAACAUCACCAACAACCACAAAGAAUCAAAUGGACCUUCAAUCGAUUUUGAUGGUGAAGAAUCCUUACAGAAGUUGUGCAAGGAAACUGUGCGCACCGUUUAUCACUACCAUGGAGGUUGCAAUAUGGGUCGUGUGGUGAACAAUGAAUACAAGGUCUAUGGGGUCGAUAGGCUUAGGGUUGUUGACGGUUCGAUAUUUGAUGAAUCACCGGGCACCAAUCCUCAAGCCACGUUAAUGAUGAUUGGAAGGUACAUGGGAGUCAAGAUUUUAAUAAACAGGCUUGGGAUAAAUGCAGAUAAGAUAUGA